AUGUCUGUGGCACUCGUUAAUCUGGAGGCAACACCGGGCAACAUCGCGCUGAUCGUAUUUCACAUGUGUCUGGCAACGUGCUGCACUCUGAGCAACUUGUUGCUCUUGAUGGCGCUCCUUGGCUCAGCGGCCCUUCUCAGGAGGAACAACCACCUCUACACGUUGAGCAUCACCGUCAGUGAACUGAUGGUGGGCGCGGGCUGGUUCUACAUCGCUCUCUACGACGAGAAUGACACUUUUGGACCUCUUUACAGUCCGAGAAACGUGCACACAACGGUUCACGGCAUUUCGCUGAUCACCGUGUUGGCUUCCAUGAUCGACAGGUACCUGUGCGUGAAGUAUCCGUUCAAGUACUCGCAAAAGAUGACCAGGAUUAAGGCCGUGGCAAUCAUUGCGAUCACCUGGCUUGGGCCCAUUGCAACCGUGGUCUUGAAAAUUAUAUUCCCCAACAAGAAAGAAAAAACGUUUCAAGGCUACAUCACGAUAUUGUUUUCAGUCAUAAUGCUCGGGGUGAUGGUGAUUUUAAACGUGAGGCUUUACUUAAUCUGCCGAAUGCAACAAAACAGACAACAUCAGGACAGCAGCACACCCCAAAAGCAGUCGGCUCAGCUCAUUGUGUUGGCGUCCAUGAUAUUCAUCACCCUCUGGACUCCCGGCAUCGUCUACGUGUGCAUAUGCUACGGCUUUGAGAUAUGCUCGUCUUUUUUAGAGGGAUCUACGAACGCGGUCGUCGUGAUUCGAAUGUUCAACGCCAUCACCACACCGCUCAUUUUCCUGUUCGGAAGCCCAAUGACCAGGGCCUCCCUUAUGAAUGUGUUCACGUUUUUGAAGAUAAGAAGAUCGCAGGUUCAGCCCACGAGCCUCGACCAGACUUAA